AUGAUAGAACUUCUUGAUCCCAUCCCUCCAGAUAUGUUGAGCCAGGGGAGCCGCUCAUCGCAGUAUUUCUACAAUAAUGGCCAGAUGAAGAACAUUCACCAGUUGCACCCCGUUACCCUCGAGGAGAAAAUCAAACUUAGGAAGAACAAGGGUCUUUCCGAUGAUGACGUGGCGGCUCUUUCAUCGUUUCUUCGGUCACUGCUACAAUAUCGACCAAAGGAUCGCAAGGAUGCUCUCGGUGCAGCGCUAGUCCCUUGGCUUUGGAGAGAUUAA